GAAUCUGAAGCCAGUCAACAUGCGGCCGAACAUCCUGGUGCCCCAAUAGUGCUUGAUGACGAGGGCAUGGCUAAACCUCGGAGGCCCCUGAUAUUUUGUCGCGCUUUGACAGUCUGUCGCGUAUCUCACAAACCAGCCAGAUUGGACUUUUGGUUGACCUGCACCUUCGGUCUCAUCAGUCCCCUCAUACCUAGGUACAUUCUGACAACUCCAGAGGCAUCACCAUGGCAUCCAAAAACAAGUACUCCGUCAUCCUACCUACCUACAAUGAGCGACAAAAUCUGCCGGUGCUGGUGCAGAUGCUCUCUGACGUCUUUACCAAAGAACAGUUGAACUGGGAGGUUAUCAUCGUCGACGACGCUUCUCCAGACGGCACCCUCGAACGAGCAAAACAGCUUCAAAAGUCCUUUGGGUCCGAUCACAUCGUCCUAAAACCACGAGCGGGCAAACUGGGGUUAGGCACAGCAUAUGUUCACGGUUUACAAUUCGUGACAGGGAACUUCGUGAUUAUCAUGGACGCCGACUUUUCGCAUCACCCCAAGUUCAUUCCCGAGUUUAUCAAGAUCCAGAAACAGACAGGCGCAGACAUUGUGACUGGCACGAGGUACAGGUCGAGACCAGGCUUGAUUGGAGGCGUGUACGGGUGGGAUGCGAAGAGGAAGUUGACAAGUUGCGGCGCAAACAUUCUUGCAGAUUUCCUGCUUAAUCCCGGCGUGAGUGACCUGACGGGCUCGUUCAGACUCUACAAGAAGGAGGCGCUUGUGACGGUAAUUGAGAAGACACAAUCGAAAGGAUACACAUUCCAGAUGGAAAUGAUGGUUCGAGCGAAGGCUAUGGGACUCAAAGUCGAGGAGUGUCCGAUCACUUUUGUGGACAGGGUGUACGGCGAAAGCAAGCUGGGUGGAGAAGAAAUCGUAGAAUACCUUAAGGGCUUACUGUGGUUGUGGUGGUCUGUCUAGACAACGAAGAGCUUCAGACGGAUCUAACUUAGAGCACACCUGGCGUUGUUGGUUUGGUAGGAAUUAGGCAUUGCCAUCGUUCGGUCUGAAAUGCAGCCACAUUGUUGUCGAGAUUCUCCAAGUCGAUUGCAACG